AUGAAUCUUCGUCUCUUGACCCUCGCCCUGGCUGGUGCUGUCGCUGCUAGCCCUGUGGAUCUCCAGCAACGCCAGCUUAGCUCGGGCAAUGAUCUUCGCACAGGACCUUGCAAGGAUAUUACCUUCAUUUUCGCUCGUGGCUCCACCGAAAUUGGACUCCUAGGUGAACUUGUCGGACCUGAGGUCUGCUCUGCUCUCCAGGCUGCCAAACCCGGAAAAGUCGCUUGCCAGGGUGUCGGACCUGCGUACACCGCCGACCUGGCAUCUAACUUCUUGCCUGCCAACACCUCCCCGGCUGCCAUCGCGGAAGCCGAGGGCCUCUUUGAACUGGCUGCGACGAAGUGUCCCAAUACCCAGAUUGUGGCUGGCGGAUACAGUCAGGGUACUGCUGUCAUGGAUGGCUCUAUCCAGAAGCUCUCCGCCUCGGUCAUGGCGAAAGUCAAGGCUGUCGCUCUCUUUGGCUUUACUCGCAAUUACCAGGACCAUGGUUCCAUUCCCAACUACCCUGCAGCCCGGACCAAGGUCUACUGUGCUGUGGGUGAUCUGGUCUGCGAUGACACCUUGAUCAUUACAGCAGCUCACUUUACCUACGGGCUCGAUGCGGUUUCCGCUGCUCAGUUCCUGUUGAGCAAGGUGUCUUCCUAG